AGUAGGUCAUUCAUUAAGUUGCUAUUGAACAAGUGAAUUACAUUGUGGCCGGUUCAUGCUAUUCGUUCAAUUGUUGCAUUGUGACUGCAUUUUGAUCGAUCAGUUUGUACUGCAGCUAUACCCUAUAAUAAUAUAAUAUUGGCGGUUCGAACAAAUGAGGUGCUUCUUGAAGACAAAAGAACAUGUACAAAAUUUCAGAUCAGUAUCUCGAAAACUGAAGUGGUGGUUCGCAUAUGUACAGACAGAUGGACAGGAACAGACGAGCGUGGUAAAAUCGAUCCAGCUCGUCUCGCUCAUUCCUCAUUUAUUGGAUCGUGCCCCCAAAGUAACUUUGUGUUUUUCGCAAAAACUAUGCCGAGUGCCACAUUCUACGCCGAAAGCGUACCAUUCGAUCAAAUUGAAAAACUCGCCAUUACCGGCGGUUACUCUGCGAUUUAUGCCACAGCAAAGCCCAGCGUUGAUGUUGUCGGCAACUGGCAGAACCGCUAUUGCUCACUUGCGGACACCUUCCAACCCGUCUUGGAUCGUGUGCAUAAUUUCGAGGUUCGUGAAGAUGAUGUUUGGAUUGUAACGAGCACCAAAUGUGGCACAACAUGGACGCAGGAAAUGACUUGGCUGAUUUUGAACAAUUUCGAUUUCGAGAAGGCAAAAACGGACGAUCUUACCAUACGCUCGCCAUUUUUGGAAUUCAACGGCGUUGUACCGAAUGUGCCACAUGACACAAUUGAGGCCUUAAACAAAUUGCCGUCACCGCGUUUGAUAAAAUCUCACCUGCCCGCUUGGCUGCUGCCGAAACAAGUGUGGACUAAGAAGCCAAAGAUCAUCUAUGUGUUCCGUAAUCCGAAAGACGCGGCUAUCUCGUACUUCCAUCAUUGGCGUGGCAUGGUCGGCUAUAAGGGUACAAAAGAGGACUUCAUGCAUUCCUAUAUUGACGGCCACGUCAACUUCAACCCAUUCUGGCCACAUGUGCUCGACUUCUGGCAGCUGCGUGAUGAACCGCAAAUUUUCUUCACCAGCUAUGAGCGCAUGAAGCGUGACUUGGGCGGUGUCAUCAAAGAUGUAUGUAAAUUCUUGGAGCGUGAAGUUGAGCAGGAGCAGCUAACACAGCUCGUGGAUCAUCUAUCGUUCGAUAAAAUGAAGGAUAAUCCCGCGUGCAAUCAUGUCAAAGAGUUUGAGAGUAUGAAAGCGGCAGCUGGCAGGGAAGUCGAAGAAUUUAGCAGAUUUGUACGCCGCGGCAUAGUUGGUAGCCAUAAAGAUGAAAUGCCGCAAACAGCUAUACAAGAAUUCGACGAUUGGACGGAGGAUAACUUGAAGGACUAUCAACUCACUAUGGAUGAUUUUAUAAACUACUCCAAGUACUAAUUGUUUUCAACUUACAUUUAAGUUUUAUACUUUUUUAUAUGUAUUUUGUAAAUACCUUUUUGUAAUUGUAAUAAAAUUUAAUAUAAU